GCGCCCGCGGGCGGCUCCGCCCGCGCCCCGCCCUCCCCUGCCAAGAUGGCGGCGGCCGCCGCGGCGGUGCCGGUGCGGGUCUGUCACCAGGAGAUCGUCAAGUUCGACCUGGAGAUCAAGGCGGCCGUGCAGGACAUCCGGGACUGCCCGGGGCCUCUCAGCGCCCUCACGGAGCUCAACGCCGCCGUGAAGGAGAAGUUCCGACAUCUGCGGGGCUGCAUCCAGGAGCUGGAGCAGAUGGCGAAGGAGCAGGACAAGGAGUCGGAGAAACAGGCCUUGCUGCGGGAGGUGGAGAACCACAAGAAACAAAUGCUCAGCAACCAGGCAGCUUGGAGGAAGGCAAACCUGGCCUGCAAAAUUGCUAUUGACAACUCUGAGAAAGAUCAGCUGCUACAGGGAAGAGACUCCUUAAGACAAAGGAAGACUACGAAGGAAAGCCUGGCAGAGAGUGCAAGUAACAUCACAGAGAGUCUGAUGAGCAUCAGUAGGAUGAUGUCACAGCAAGUGCAGCAGAGCGAGGAGACCGUGCAGACCUUAGCCAAUUCUUCAAGAACCAUCCUGGAAGCGAAUGAGGAAUUCAAGUCCAUGUCUGGGACGAUUCAGCUGGGGCGGAAGCUCAUCACCAAGUACAACCGCAGGGAGCUGACGGACAAGCUGCUCAUCUUCCUGGCCCUCGCCCUGUUCCUGGCCACAGUGCUCUAUAUCUUGAAGAAAAGACUCUUUCCAUUUUUGUAAAACAACACUAAGCUGAACUAUUAAAAAAAAAAAAGAGAAUCAGAAAAAGGUGGUUGAUAAUGGUGGGGCUUUAAAAUGAACUAAUAAAGGGAUGCUGCAAUAGCUGGAGGAGCGUUAGAGCAGGCAGGGCUUUGUGCUGUCCCCAUGGAGCUUGUGACCUGCCUCGGAAGAGCUUAGAGGAGCAGGAUUUGGGAAGAAACAGGUGGAUCCUGGUGUGGAAAAGAAGAAAUGCCGAUUUGCCGGUAGAUUUGGGGGAAUCAAACACUUGAGGAACUGGUCACUCAAAGGUGCCAGUCUGAGCUUUAAACCUCUCAUUGUUUUUUGCCUUGAAAUUAACUUUUGUCCUUGGCUUGGACUGGAAACUGCUCUGGCAUCUGUGUGUAAGGUGCUGAGAGUAAGAGCAAGGAUGGAAGAGAGAAAUUCACAUACAUUCCACUAAUAAACUAUUUAUUAUAUUCAUGUAAACAGAGUUUUGUUUAAAAACAAAGUCUAAUGUGUUGAAAGAGCCUUCCAGUGUAAAAAUUCAUAUUAUUUAACAGCAGUGGUUGUUUAUGGAUUGUUUUUCCUGGGAGCAUAGCACAUGUGCAGCCUGGCUCUGCUCCUCUGGCAAAGCAAAAAUGGGAACCCCAUUUGUUACUAUUAAUUCACACAAUAUAUUUGAAAAUUACAUUGCCAAUCUGUUGAAAUCAGAAGCUUCUUUGUUCCUUUUCAUUAUGAAAUUUCACUAAAUGCUUUAUAUUUGCAAAAUGCUGCCAAGUUGUACAUUUGAAAGUUGGGUUUUUUAUUGAGACAGGUGAUCUCUUCUCAGUAAAAUCUUUACCUUCCCUA